CCUCUGAUGAUCCUAUAUUAUAUUGCCAUUUUAAACCGGUAAUGACUGACAGACCAAAGAUUAUGUAUCUUUUAUUUGCUAUCGCUCGUCUUAGAAGAGACUGGUUUGAUCAUCACUCUCAGCACCCAGCACUUAAUGGAAUAAGUCUUGGCUCCAUGAAUGCAAUAACAGUGCAAAGAUUUCAACAUCCAGGCUCUGUGGCU